AUGCAAAUGGAUCCAAAUGCCGAGUACACGUUAGAUCUGUUGGCCGAGAUCUCUGUUGGCAUCUUAGUUGUCAGUUGUAUACUCUCUUUCAUAUUCGUUCUUUAUCGCUUUUUGAUAAGUAUUCUCCUCACUGGUAUGGACGGAGACGGAACUGCCGCGGGGGGAAUAUCAAUAACUCAUCCCACAGGCUUCAACCCAAAUGAUAAGAAAUACAAAGCAUGCUGCUGCCACGUGAAAACAUUCACAAUUGUGGCUGGAAUCAUAGAAAUUUUUACAAUUUGUUUUCUCUUAGUCGCAGUCUUGCCGGAUAUUAACUCGAGAGUAUGUAAUCCCGGCAGUAACCGACUUUCCUAUCUAUAUGUUGAUGAUGAUUUUACGGAAGUUCGAAAUGGUACUAUGUUGAAUGCAACAACGACCACCACAACAACAACCACAACUACCACUACUACCACAGUUACACCAGAUCUAAAUGACACCCUCUUGCCUGAAAAUGCUACAGCUCAAUAUGAAAGAUUCAUGGCUUCGCUAACUACCACCAUGUGUGGAAUGAAUGUGAUAUGGCUUGUGUGGUCAAUAGCUCAAAUUCUCGUGAUUAACGUAGUCUUUUAUGGAAUUAAACAUGUUCGCUGGCUUCUCUUCCUGCCACAUUUUAUUUUUCGAAUGGUCGAUCUCGGCUUGUUUGGAUUGAUACUCAGUCUAGAAAUUUAUUCAUUAACUUCAAAUGAGAAAGCUACUUCCUCGUCAUACGUAGCUAUUGCAUUCACUUCCGCCUUAACUUCUUUAUGGAUUUAUAUAACGACAGUGGAACUACGAUGUUCUCAUUUCGUGAAAAGAUCACAGGAAACGGGCUACUCGAUAUCAGUUGCUCGACCAAUAGGUCCAUCAACAGUUUCUUUAAGCGAACGAGAUGCUCCUCCGGCGGCUUCUAUUCGCCAAUUGCCACCUUUGCGUCAUACUUACGGAGUCAGGGAUCCGAGUCGGAAAUACCAAGACAACUGA